AUGGCUGUACCAAGAAUUCUCAUUACCGGUGCCACCGGCUACAUUGGUGGCACGAUACUCCAUCGAUUGAUAACAAAUGCUCUACCUACGCUCGGUGAAGUGUCCAUCACAGUCCUUGUGCGCGGUGAAGACCGGGCCAAGAGACUGGAAGAGAAAUAUGGAUCCCACAUCAAAUGCGUCGAAUUCGACGAUUGGAACCAAGGCGAGUUCCUGCAAGUUCCCAGCUCCCUCCUCGUGGCUUCUGAAAUCGCAAGCCAACAUGACAUUGUAAUCAACGCCGGCUCAGGCUUCCAUCCUCCAAGUGCCGAAGCCUUGGUUCGCGGGCUGGCCAAACGUAAAGAAAGAAGAGGUCCUGCCUGGAUGCUUCACACGAGUGGCUGUUCAAACAUUGCAGACAUGCCCAUGACCGGUACGGCGCGACCCGACGCCGAGUACCACGACGCCGAUGCCGAAGCAGUGUAUGAGUUUGAGAAGUUGCUGGAAGCAAACGAGGGACCAUACCCACAGCGAACUUCGGAGCUAUUGGUCUUGGACACGGGAAUAGAGACGGGAGUCAAUGUCUUGAGUGUUCAGGCCCCAUGCAUCUUUGGCCCUGGCGAGGGACUAUUCCAGCAGGCUGGCUUGGUCAUUCCCAUCCUGAUGGCCUACGUCUUAUCCCGCGGUUACGGCUUCGCCCUGCACCAAGGCACCGCCGUCAUCGACAUUGUGCACGUGGCCGACCUUGCCGAUUGGUACAUUUUCUGCAUCCUUCAAGUCCUCCGCAAUGGCGGCAGCAACCUGCCCUCUGGCAAGAAAGGCAUUGUAUUCCCGACGAAUGGUCGCAAGACCAUGUAUAGCAUUGCCAUGGACUGUGCCAAAGCGGCCUUUGACCGGGGCGUACUGCCAAAUGAUGCAGUCCAUGGCCCCAAGGAACCAGAGGUGAGAACCGUGGAUCUCGCCGAGGCGGCAACAACCACUGCUGGAAACCUACAAGUUGCCGAGGCUGGAUGGGGAGGCCACCGCAGAACCACUGGAACGGUCGCAAAAGCACUAGGAUGGAAUCCAGUCCAUGGUCUCGAGUCUUGGAAUGAGGAUCUGGAGCACGAGCUUUCUUGUGCGCUUGAAGGGAAAAGAGGGGUUACAAUCGACAAUUGCAUCGCGGAAAAGUAG